AUGAAAAGAGUAAUAGUUAAUACAAAAGGAAAUGAUAAGGUUAUUGGAUAUGACAAACGAUUUGAUGAGAUUAAAAAAGUUCCACAAAGAGAAUAUAAUCCAGAAAAAGAUGAUAUUGAAUUUUUACAAUUUGAUAUUGAUUAUAUUAAUCGUAUUGUUGAAAAAGAGUAUCGAAUAGAAGAAGAUCCAUUAAGUGAAGGAUAUAAUGAACCAGUAUUAUAUUUAUAUGGAACUACAAAUGAAGGGGAUAGUGUUUUAGCUAUGGUACAUGGAUACAAACCAUAUUUUUAUAUUUCUGUAGAAAAAGAAUAUACACAACAAGAACUUGAUGAACUUAAAAUGAAAUGUAAUCAACAACUCCAUUCUGAAGUAAAAGCAACAGGAGAUUUUGAACAAUAUAUUUUACUUAUGGAAAAUGUUAAAGGCUAUCAUUCUCUUAUGAAUUAUAAUUUCGAAAAAGAAACUUUCUUUGUUAAAAUAACUUUAAGACUUCCAAAAUAUGUUCCAGUUUUAAGACAUAUUCUUCAAGAAACACAACGUAUUAAUAAUAGACAUUAUCAGACUUAUGAAGCAGAUCUGUUGUUUGUUUUAAGAUUUAUGGUAGAUGCUGGUUUAGUUGGAUGUAGUUGGGUAAAAGUUCCAGCAAAAAGAUAUAUUUUAGUAAAAGAUGAAGCAAAUAAAAUUUCAAGAUGUCAACAUGAAAUUCAUUUAGAUGUAAAAGAUUUAUUGAAUUUAGGAUGUGAUAAUGAAUAUACUAAAACUGCUCCAUUAAGAAUUCUUUCUUUUGAUAUUGAAUGUGCAGGAAGAAAAGGUUCUUUUCCAGUUCCUGAACUUGAUCCAGUUAUUCAAAUUGCUAAUUAUGUAGUUGAAUUUGGUAAACCAGAUAUUAUUACAAAGAAUGUAUUUGUAUUAAAAGGUUGUUCACCAAUUCCUGGAGCUAUUAUUUAUGAUUAUGAUACAGAAGAAGAAUUAUUAAAGGGUUGGUCUGAUUUUAUUAAUGCAAUAGACGUUGAUGUAUUUACUGGGUAUAAUAUUAUGAACUUUGAUUUUAAAUAUCUAUUAGAACGAGCAAAAGUAUUAAAAGUUAAAGAUUUCUCAUCGUUUUCAAAAUUAAAAAGUUCUCAUGUAAGUGUUAGACAGUCUACAUUCCAAUCAAAAGCUGUAGGUGUUAGAGAAUCAAAUGAAUUAAUAAAUCUAGAAGGAAGAAUUCCAUUUGAUAUGUUCCAAGUUAUUCAACAUGAUUAUAAAUUAAGGUCUUAUACUUUAAAUUUUGUAUCAAGUAAUUUCCUUGGUGAUCAAAAAGAAGAAGUACAUUAUGCAGAUAUCACUACAUUACAUGAAGGAAGUAUGGAUGAUCGUAAUAGAAUUGCUGUUUAUUGUUUAAAAGAUACUUAUUUACCAAUUAAAUUAUUAGAAAAAUUAAUGUCAUUAGUAAAUGGAUUUGAAAUGUGUAGAGUUACUGGUAUUCCAUUGUCAUACCUUCUUCCUCGAGGACAACAAGUUAAAGUUAUAACACAAUUGUACCGUCAUGCUAAUGCAAAGAAGUUAUUUAUUCCUUUCUUCCAAAGAACUAAAACGAAUGGAGACAAAUAUGUUGGGGCUACUGUCAUUAGUCCAAUUAAAGGAUUUUAUAAAGUACCAAUUUCAACACUAGAUUUUUCUUCACUAUAUCCUUCUAUUAUGAUAUCCCAUAAUUUAUGUUAUUCCACGUUAAUCGAUGGAAUUAAAACUAGGAAAGAUGUCCCAUCAAUAGAAUUCCUUAAAACAUCUGAGAGUGAAGAGGACAGAAAAAUGUAUGAUCAGAUUAUGAAAAAAUUAAAAGAAAAACAACUCAAUGUAGAAGAUGUAGAAUUAUCACCAAAUGGUGAUCUUUUUGUUAAGUCAAGUAAGAGAAAAGGAAUUUUACCAGAAAUUCUUGAAAAUUUACUUGCAGCAAGAAAACAAGCUAAAAAAGAUAUGGCAGCUGCUACAGACCCUUUUAAAAUUACUGUGUUAAAUGGAAGACAAUUAGCACUUAAAGUUAGUGCAAAUUCUGUUUAUGGAUUUACUGGUGCACAAAUUGGAAAACUCCCGUGUAUGCAAAUUGCAUCAAGCGUAACUUCCUAUGGAAGAACAAUGAUUGAAUUAACAAAAACUACUGUAGAGGAAAAGUACAGUAAGAAAAAUGGAUUUCCAUGGGAUGCACAAGUUGUAUAUGGUGAUACAGAUUCAGUUAUGGUAAAAUUUGGAACACCUGAUUUAGCUGAAGCUAUUAGAUUAGGAAAAGAAGCUGCAGUCUUUGUAACAACAAAAUUUCCAAGACCAAUCAAUCUUGAAUUUGAAAAAGUUUUCUUCCCAUAUUUAUUAAUUAGUAAAAAAAGAUAUGCAGGACUAUAUUUUAAUCGAGUAGAUAAAUGGGAUCAUGUAGAUACUAAAGGAAUUGAAACUGUACGAAGAGAUAAUUGUUUAUUAGUGAAAUAUGUCAUUGAAAAUGUAUUAAAUAAAAUUUUAUUAGAUUCUGAUGUUGAAGGAGCAAUUAACUUUGUAAAAAAUAUGAUUUCUGAUUUACUACAAAAUAAGUUAGAUUUAUCUAUGUUAAUUAUAUCAAAAACAUUAAGCAAAGAAGAUUAUGCUGGGAAACAAGCUCAUGUAGAAUUAGUUAAAAGAAUUAGAGAAAGAGAUAAAACAGCUACAAUUAAUACUGGAGAUAGAAUUCCAUAUGUUAUUAUUAAAUCAACAAAAGAUGCAAAAGCUUAUGAAAAAGCUGAAGAUCCAUUAUAUGUAUUAGAAAAUAAUAUUCCAAUUGAUUUUGAUUAUUAUAUUGAGAAUCAAUUGAAAAAACCAUUAACUCGUAUUUUCAAACCUAUUUUAGGAGAAAAAGUUAGUGAAAUUUUUGAAGGAAAACAUACAAGGUUCGUUGUAAAUAUCACUCCAACAGCAAACACUGGAAUUAUGAAAUUUGCAAAGGUUACAAAAAGAUGUGCUGAGUGUCAUGCUGUAUUAAAAAAAGACGAAGGUACUAUUUGCCGAAAUUGUCAUGAAAAGACUGGAGAAAUUUAUGCAAAAAAGUUGGUUGAUGUACAAAAAUCAGAGAAUGCAUAUCAUCGUAUUAUGACUCAAUGUCAAGAGUGUAUGCAAUCUCAUCACAGAGAAAUUAUUUGUGCAAACAAAGACUGCCCAAUAUUCUAUAUGAGAGUUAAAGUACAACAUAGUAUUAAUCAACAAAGAGAAAUGAUUGAGAACUUUGAAUGGUAA